AAAUCAGAUGUAAAAAUACGUUAGAAAUGAAAAGAAGCAAUGCAGACGUUUGGUUGAGGGGGAAAAAAGACGGGCGAAGGAUGAUUUCGUAAUAAACCAGACAAAUGGAGCCUUAUUAAUUCAGCUAAAACCUCAAGAAUUCAAGGUCCUCAACGUUAAAUUAUUGUAUGCAAGAAGGCCAAGUCAAUCGUUCAAUCGGAAACAACCUCAAUCUCCUCCGUAAUGGCUCGGACCUCGAUCACGCACUCACCUCCCACUCCUUCAUGGUUCACUCCCAGAAGGUUGCUUAUGAUUUUUUGUGUGAUUAAUAUGUUAAAUUAUGUGGAUCGUGGUGCAAUAGCAAGCAAUGGAGUUAAUGGGAGUAUUAGGACUUGUGAUGAAAAGGGAAUUUGCAAUUCCGGUAGUGGAAUUCAGGGGGAUUUCGACUUGAACAAUUUCCAGGAUGGUGUUCUAUCAUCUGCUUUUAUGGUUGGACUUCUUGUGGCUUCUCCAAUAUUUGCUUCCUUGGCUAAAAGUCAUAAUCCUUUUAGGCUAAUUGGAGUUGGAUUAUCCGUUUGGACAUUUGCAACAGCUGGGUGUGGUAGUUCAUUUGAUUUUUGGUCUAUUGCAAUAUGCCGAAUGCUGGUUGGUGUUGGUGAGGCUUCUUUCAUAAGCCUUGCGGCUCCAUUUAUAGAUGACAAUGCUCCUGUUGCUCAGAAAACAGCCUGGCUUGCUACAUUUUACAUGUGCAUACCAACUGGAGUUGCAUUGGGUUAUGUUUAUGGUGGAUUUGUUGGAAACCAUUUUAAUUGGCGCUACGCAUUUUGGGGAGAAGCAUUUCUGAUGCUUCCAUUUGCUAUUCUAGGAUUCGUCAUGAAACCUUUGACACUGAAAGGUUUUGCUCCUGCUGAAUCAAAGGAGGUAUUGACAUCAAUAGAAACAGUUGCUUCUAUAACUGAAGAGGAUGAUAAUGAAGGUAUCAAUAGUCAAGCAUCUGUUAAAGGCUCAAAGUUGAAGGGCAAAGCUAAAAUUUUACAGCAGUUAUCACAAGUUUCAAAGGAUAUUGAAGUGCUGUUGCUUGACAGAGUUUAUGUUGUAAAUGUUCUAGGUUAUAUAUCGUACAACUUUGUUAUUGGAGCAUACUCAUACUGGGGACCAAAAGCUGGUUAUAAUAUUUAUCAUAUGAGUAAUGCAGACAUGAUGUUUGGAGGGAUUACAAUUGUUUGUGGAAUUUUGGGAACUUUAGCCGGAGGCUUCAUACUUGAUCGCAUGAAUGCUACAAUCUCUAAUGCUUUUAAGCUUCUAUCUGGAGCAACAUUUCUGGGUGCAAUCUUUUGCUUCAGUGCAUUCUGUCUAAGGAGCUUGUUUGGUUUCAUAGUCCUGUUUUCUGUAGGUGAACUACUUGUCUUUGCUACUCAGGCUCCAGUUAAUUUUGUGUGUCUGCAUUGUGUCAAACCUGGUUUGAGACCCUUAUCUAUGGCUAUCUCAACUGUAUCAAUCCACAUAUUUGGUGAUGUACCUUCUUCCCCACUUGUUGGGGUCCUACAGGAUAACAUCAACAAUUGGAGGGAAACAGCACUUAUUCUAACAGCUGUGCUGUUUCUUGCCGCUGCAAUAUGGUUUAUAGGGGUUUUUCUGAAGAGUGUGGACAUGUUUAAUGAGGAUGGGGAAAAUCAAGUCUCCGCGAAAGCGAGCAUGGAGCCAUUGCUUGAAGAGGACAGGUCUGAGAUGCCAGAUAAUUUUAAUGAAGCAUAAAUAUUCAGAAUCCUACCUACACUACAGCUUCAGUUACAGCUCCAGGUUGACGUUGUUUACAAAAUAUGCUUGUUUCAUCCCGCAUAUACUGCGAAGGUUAUAGUUUACUUGUAUGUAGUUAACAAUUAUGUACAUAUUGUGAGAAAUGAAAGAAACAUUGGUUCUUUGUACAUCCUGCUCAUAGUGAAAGGAAUUCCAAAAGAAUCGAUCACCCCAUUGAGUCUCUUUAAUGAUAGUGAACUGAUUUGUGUGUGCUA